AUGCGAAUUUUCAGAGAUUAUGAAGAGUUUUCAAAUGAUUUACGUGGUGGUAAACAAACUGGUUCAUUUUGUGAUACGUUUUCCGAGACUGAAGCAGAUGCGAAAGCAUUUGUCGUUGAAGCAUCUUCAAAAAAGUCAGGCGAGUUCAAAGCGACGGAUCUGGCUCAGUUUAUUGAUACAACAUAUUAUGAAUUAACAUCUAUUAAGAAACAAACUGGAGAUGAUCUGAUAGGAUCUGAAAGAAGUUGUCCUCUAGAUCUUCAUAGAUGGGGAGCAAAAUUCGAGGCACAUUCACAACGUCCAUGUUUUGAGGGACACGAAAGGGACGAUGUGGUGAAACAUCGUAAUGAUGCAAUUGAAGGUCUUUGGUGCAAUCAAAAAGCAUUUGUUCGUUGA